GGUCGUUACCGCCGCGUUGCAUUGUGGUCUGACUGACUCUUCGCUCGUACCCCUGUCCUACUGUAUCGUUUCCUCCAUGCUAACCUAAACAAGCGUGUAGUGGGACUGAUACACAGUUCAGUGUGGUGGUUCAGGGAAGACUACAGCGAGUAACAGGUAACUGACCCGUGUUACUUGUAGCUCCUUGUUUUACUGCCAUCAUCACUAACUUAUUCCUGUUAUCCCUGCAGAACUGGACUGUUUCCUCUAGUAGUCUAACUGUCAAACGACUGGAGGAGGACCCUGUUGUGGUGUCAGGCUGUGGUGGGCUCCUAUAAUCCCUUGUGCCUUUUUCAUAUGGAGGAAACAGCUCGACGAUCUGUCCCCCAUCACCACCCUGUGCUGCUCCUGUUCGUUUUGUGAUCUUGCUGCAGCUGUGGGACCUCAAACCCGAGUAUGGCAGUCAGCAUGAAGGCUGCAUGUUGUGCUGGUGUGGAGAGGAAAGUACUCAAAGUGCUGCUGGCUAGUUACACAAACUGUACAAGGAGUUACCAGCCAUAUGUUGUGAACUUCAAUGCAAAACGCCUCUUUAGCACCGCCGGUCCUCUUUUCUCAAGAAUAGAUGGGACAGCUGAUCUCUGCAGUGCUGCUGCUAAAGUCCACCCACUGAAGAAGUUCACUGUGCCACUUGGGAAUAGGAAACUGGAGCAGACCAGCCGAAGUUACAGUGAUAUUGGUUCACAUGCACUUUACAGACCAACCCUGCCUUCCUCAAGAUGUCAACCCAAAAGAUCUCAGAGUGCUUUGGGGAGAAAGGAGAACCUGCUGCAAGUAGGUGCAACAUGGCCUGGUAAGAAUAAGAAACCAUCAAGAGUCAAACUUUUUUGUUUCUGAUCUUUUAUAUGUGGAUUAUCAAACAACAUAAAUUGAUCCUAAUAAAUUUUUAAUGGUUUUCAGAUUAGAAAUAUUAAUAGGACUUUUUUUUUUUUUUUUAGAAAAUUGUUCAUUAACUUUCAAUGAAAGAUAAUGUGAAAAGAAAAAAAUAUAUAUAUAAUGAAAAGAAAAACUGAAAAACACAGGAGUACAAAACACAGCACAUCAAAAAGUAAAACUAAUUACAUGGUCAUAAGAUGAGUAUUGACUAUACAGAAUAUAAAAGCAGUAGUAAGUAGUAGUAAAAUAAAUAGGUCGGUUAACAAGAUCGUACUUUCGUUUGCACUGUGAGGCUUUGUACAACAGCCAGAGUCUAUGGGCUCACAUUUUAAAGGUAAUUCAAUACAGGGUUCCAUGUUUUAUCAAAUGUAUCCCCUCUAUCUUCAUUGUAGAAUCUCAGUCUCUCUAAAUGUAACGUAUUUGACAAUUCUCCCAUUUGUAGGUUAUAAGUAGGCACAGACAGAGCCGGCCCAAGCUUCAAUGGGGCCCUAAGCAAAAUUUGAUUUUGGGGCCCUCUAUUUCUGCCAAUAAUAUUGAUUGUUGAUCAUUCACACACCUACUACAGUAUAAAUUUAAUGAGCUUGACAUGUCUUUACACAUUAAAGGGGGUGGCCCAGGUAAGAACAUAAAUAAUACCAAUGCAACCAUACAACUAAUACCAAUGAAUGACUGAUGAAUCAUGUUCAGGGUGCCACAUGUGGUUUUUAAUUUAAAAAUGUAACACAUUCAGGAUGCUCAGUGCACAUUGCACAGCAGGAAGCGCAUAACAGUAGCAGAGCUUUGACAUCAGCAGUAAGAAUCAUGAGCUUUCAUCAUCAGCAGCACUAAAAUGUUUUUUCUUUAUUUUAUUUUGUUUUCACAAUAAUAUAUAUUUGUUCACACAGAAAGCAGCACUGAUAGAAGCAAAAAAUAAAAAAUAUAAUUUUUUUGAUUCCUCUUGGGGCCCCCCUUCUGGCUGCGGGGCCCUAAGCAGGCACUUAGUUCGCUUAUGCCUUGGGCCGGCUCUGGGCACAGAGUCUGUUUUCCACACUCGUAGAAUCAGCUUUUUAGCAAUCGCCAUCUCAAUUUGAACUGCACUUGUUUCAGAUUUACUGACAGAAAAAAGGACACUUGUGGCACCAAGAAUGGCAACCAGAGGGUUGGGUGCCAGAUUUUUACCAAAAGCCCUCGAAAAACACUGAAAAAUACAUUUCCUAAAUAAAUGAAGUUUACUACAUGCCCAGAAUCACCAUCAUGGUGAUUGCAUGUUGGUGGGACAUCAGGGUAAAAUUUAUGUAGUUUUUCUUGCGAGUAAUGGAGUCUGUAGACUGUCCCUGGAGUUAACUGAACAAUUUCGUAGACAUUCUUCCCAAAUCCCAUCUGUUAUCUCCAUAUUCAACUCAUCUGCCCAUGUUUUUUUAAUAAAUUUCUGAAUUCACUGGGGCUCCAUCAUGAAGCAUUCCAUAGAAAACAGAAAUAUUUAUAGGAUCCUAAUUGUCGUCUAUCAUCAGAACUAUGAAGAGAGACCAACUGGAUUAUUUGGGAAACAAAUAAGUGUGAAGCAAACUACAUUUUAGAUUCUUCCAAGUCUUCCUCCAACUAUCUUGAAAGAGUUCCAAGUGGUGCUGAGAAACUAAUGGCUGCUCUUUCUUCACUCUGCGGUUCAACUCAACCCCAAACUAACUCAGCUGGGUUUAGGUCAGGUGAUUGUGGAGGCCAGGUAAUCUUACCCAGAACUCCAAAUGUCUUCUCCUUUUUCAAUUAGCCCUUUUACUGCCUGGCGGUGUGUUUGAGGUCAGUGUCCCGCUGAAAAACAAAUGAUGGUCACGCUAUCUCAAGCCACUGCAGAAUGUUGUUGUAGUCAUGCUGGUUAUAAGUGUGUCUUGAAUUUGGAACGAAUCACCAAAAGCAGCUCCAGCACAACACCCCUGCACCAUGACAGCUCCACUGCUAAGCUUCACAGUGAGAGCUUCACAUGUAUAAACCGUUUGCUCAUCUUCUCUGCAUCUCACAAAAACAUGACCAAAGUACUUUUUUAAAACCAGUUCUCUUCUUCUUGUUCUUCAUCACUAUUGGCCACUUCACCGCAACUUCACCAUCAUGGCCUGGUCUAUGUAGUCUCCUCUGAACAGCUGAUGUUGAGGCGUGUUUGGUACUUGAGUUCAGGGAUGCAUAAUGUGAGCCCUAAUCUGGGGUGCUGUUAAUCUGCAGUUUCUGUGAAUUGAGUUUAUCUGUAAGAGAGGCAACUCUUUGUCUUCCUUUCCUGGGGGGUCCUCAUGAGUUUGUAUUUUCAUAGCGUUUGAUGGUUUUUGCAACUGCUUUUUGGGGAUACAUUUAAAGUUCUUGAAAGUUUCCUGGAGUAGGUGACUCUCAUAUCUUUAAUGGACUGUUGUUCCUCUUCACUCAUGGUGCACAGGACUGUGCACCAUAUUUCUGCACAACUGAGGGUUUCAAACACAUGAAGAAGGAAGUAAAUGCCCAAAAUGAACUUUAGACAUGGCACACCUCUUAAUGAAAAAACUAUUCCAGGUGAGGACCUCAUGAAGCUGGUUUAGAGACUGUACACAGUGUGUAAAGCUGCAAUCAGAGCAAAAGGUGGCUACUUGGAAGAAGAUUCCAAAAUAUAAAACCUUUUCUGAUUUGUGAAACAUUUUUUGUUGACCAAAAAAUCCAAAAAGUGUUCCAACAUAAUUUUUAUGUCUUAAUCUACAUCUACAGAUAAAUCUAAUCUACAACAUUUGCCUUUUCUUUCAGCAGUAUCUUUUGCCCGUUACAGAGUGACAGACGUCCCUGUGUCCAGUGUAUCUCCUGCAUUUGUAGUGGUAAGAGAAAAGUUAAUAAUAAAUAAAUACAAUGAAAUUAAUCAGUAAAGUCAGAUGUGCUAUUAUGGAAAAACUCAGACUGUUUGAUACAGCACCUUAUAAGUCAAUUCUAACACAGAUUUUCAUUAAUUGUUAUGUAUUCAGAGACUGUAGAUUCAAAGUUUUGAUAUGCCAGUAAACAAUUUUAAGUCUUAGAGGAAUUUAAGCAGUUUCUUGUUUAUUUUACAGAUGAAGUUUGACCAAGAGGGAAAUGUAACAACCUUUGGUAAGUACUGGAAAUAAAUUUUGUGUAUCUAUGAAGAAUGCUGGGACUGCUUUUUGAUGCCUCUUUUGUCCUUUAAUAUGACCACUAUCACAGUUUAUGUCCUUCUCAAAUGCAUAACACACUUCAAUCCUAAAUAUCACAAAUAUUUCAUCAGUGUCAUUAUUAAUUACUUAUGUACAUGAAAUACAGGAAUUUAAGAUGUUCCUCACUUUCUCAGCUUCUCAUGAUCAUUUUUUUGUCAUUAUAGAGAAGAAGAAAACUGAGCUGUGUCAGGAACUUAGUCUGCAGGCCAGAGACCUUCGCUUUCAGCACAGCACAAGCCUGACUGCAAGAAACAACUGCAUCAUCAUCAGGAUGGAGGUAUAGUAGAAGAUUCUGUGGUCGAUUAGACAAUACUACUAUGAGACAAAGCUACAUCAAAUUCAAUCUGGCUGUUGAUUAGGAAACAUUUUGUGCCCAUAACUGAUAGUAACCACUUUCCUGGUCUUCAUCAUUAAUAACUCAUAUUUUGAUGCAAAAUUAACAAAAGGUUUUCAGAACAAAGGAGAACUUAGUGCAUUGCAGCUGACUCAGAUGACAUUGAAGUCAUGGGAAAUAUGCGAUAUCAGACACCUGACAAGCUGCUUGUUCUUCACGUUUAAGAUGGUGGAGGACAUUCUUUAGUAUCCCACACAACAGCUGUCUGUUCUCCAGAGUGCAUUCUUCUGAAGGUGUAAUAGAAACUGCAGUGGUCUACACGACUCCUCAUUUUACAUAAAGGUGCUCCUGGUUCAAGUGAGUCAGGCCGAGUGUGCGUCUGUGUCAAGAUCAGGUAGCCACAGUCUGGUUCACACCUGGUUGUAAACAAGAUUGAACAGUUCAUUUAAUUAUACUACUACGGAUGGAUCAAUAGAUAGAAGGUGGUGUGUCAGGAAAAAUCAGAAGUAAGUGGAUUUCUUACGUGUCCUUCUUUGGUCCUGUUCCAAACGCCAGACACUCCACACAGUCGGCAUGCCUCUCACAUUGGCCUUCACAAAAGGGGCAGUCCUCACAGGUCGGACCUGCAUAUGGUGUGCUACAUACACAUGCUCCACACUGGCAGUCUCCUUUACCGUUGCACACUAUCUGGUUAGUUGCCAUACAGGGAACACUAUUCAUGGUGCAGCUGCAGUCGUCACCAGUCCAGUCAAGAUCACAAAGGCAGACCCCACACUCACACUCCCCACGACCUCCACAUAAUCUGUUAGAUUAGAAGUUUCAGUAUUUCAUUUUCAUUCUUGCAGUUAAAUAAAAUUCAGUGUAAAGGAAAUUCAUGAUGGUAUAACAAUUUUACCUGCCGUUGAACCUCGGACACUCAAAGUUGCUGCACUGACAAUAUCGUCCGCUGUAGAUUUCUGCUGGGUUUGCUCGCUUCUGGCAUUCACAGAAUCCAUCCACACAUUCACCCCUACCGCUGCACACAGGGGCGUUUGGGCCUGAGCGGCAGGAGUCCUCAUUUGUGGGAAACAUUGAAUCAACCUGACAAUGUUGUCCAAUGAAAGGCUCAUUGCACUCACACUGGCCAUACACACGGGUCCCACGACCUCCACAGUAAGGACUGCUUUCCUCACGGAUGCCUGUGAAAUUACACUGACCUGAGGAAAAAAAGUUCUCUCUUACUUUUACAGUACUAAAUAAAUGAAGUCUGGGGCUCAUUUAAUCCUAAUGACCAAUUUUGUUUCAUUUGUGUAACUUAGCUGAUUGUAUGUUGACUGGAGCAAGUUUCUGAAUUUGUACUCACACUCUAAAGAGAUCUCUAACUUCACAGAUAGUGAAAAGCCUCUGGGUGUGAUGUGGACAGACCAGGGUCCAGUCAGGUUCUGCUUCUGGUUUGAGUCAUCACUCCCAGUGGGACAGUGGGUCGCCUCAACACUUACCUAGAGAAAUAUGAAUCAUUUGUAAAACAUUUUCUAUUCUCAAAGAGUAAAAAUACGUUGCUCCAGAAUGUUACGUUUAACCUCUACGACUAGUGGGUUUCCAAUUAUAGAAGUCUUGAAUGUGAUGUUCACUCCCUCUGGCACAGGGCUUGUGUCAAAGCUCAGCUCUGUGAUUGGCUCAUCUGUUGGCAUGGUGAUGGUGACAGGAAAGGACUGGCUUACACCUGGUCUUAAGCUAAGCGAGAGCUCCUGUGGCUGCAGAAACAAAGCGUUGGCAUUUGCUGGUCCGGUCCUACAGAAGUUCAGAAGUUUCAAGCAAAAAGAUCAAUAUCAUGAGAGUCAUUUCAGUCUUGACAGCGUACUGUAUUUUUUAAUAUAGAACUUAAAGCUCCUGUGAGAGAUUUUAGCUGGUUGUGAAACUAUUUUUCUAUAUAGUAAUUAUUGAUUGCCUCUGCUAGCGUCAGAUGAAGUGAGAGGUGUCUACAGCGCAGAUUCUCAGUGAGUGACACAUUUGACUGAUUUUUGUUGCACACAUACACAAAAAAAUAACACAGACAUAACCCUGCACCAAAGUCACUGCAAAGCUUAAGCAUCUCCCAGAAGCUUUAAAACCUGAAUAUUACCAGCUUUCAUUCUUGACAACCUCCAACCGGCUCUGAGGAUCGUAGAUAGCAUGACAGCCUGAUCUGUGCAGGCCUUGGGGGGUGUGGCAGCGGAUGUUUGAUUCAGGAGCAAUGCACCAAGCACACUCAGGGCCGGACUGGAGGCAUUUGUCACAGUUUGAGGCAGAUUUGAGACACCUUUUCCCUUUGUCACCACUGCCAGAAGACACAAGCAGCAGGAGCAGGCAGAAACAGAGCUGCUUCACAGCCAUCCUGCUGGGAGAUUGAAAAUUUGGUUGAUAAAAAUAAACAAUAUAGUUGUGAGUGUAUGUGAUAAAUAGAUUUCAAGUUAAUUUACUCAUAUUUUACUGGCUUUCUUUUGUUGUACUUUUUUUUUUACAUGUACUGUCCCUAAUUUGGUCUGAUUAUGGUUAUUGUCAACAGUGUGAUAAGUAACAACAGGGGUAAAAUAAAGCUAACUCUUUAACGUUAUUGGAGUGCUUUAUAUUAGAGCUGCAGGCUGACUGUCACUCCUGUUUAUCAUGUGUGUGCAAUUUUAUAACAUGCUCGGAUUUUGUGUUGAGAUUUUGUAACUUUUUGUGGAACAGAAAGUUGCAAACAUGACUACAAUAAACGCAGUAGAAACUAUAUUUCCAUCUAAAACAGGAAAAACUACUCCAACAAACUGUCAACAAACAACUGAAAUGAAGCUUUGCUCUUAGUCACCCAGCCAAAUACACUCAUUAUUUCCUAAUUAAACAUAGUUAUUUACAUUUCUCCAGCUCCUAACUAGAUUAUGUCCUAAAUGAACUAAAACACAAGAGCAGAGCAGUGCUAGUACUUUACCCGUCAUAUAUAAAUCCCUCUGUACUGCGGCUGCUUCCUGGAAUUAAUCUGCCUCUGCACGCUGUGACACUCUGACAGGCUUUAGUUAUUUGUCAGCUAUGAACCAGUGUGCUUAAUCUGAUCACUGGCCCUGAUUGGUGCUCAGGUUUUUGGUGGCUGACUGCAGCUUAAACAAGGAAAGACACCAGGGGAGGGUGAUUUCACAAAAGAGCUUUUUUUGAUACGAUCUGUCACUGCAAAUAUUGACAGAUCAGAGUCAACUAGUGGGACUGCUGCCAGUUGAAUGCACUUUGAGGCAGAGCAGUUCACAACAACAUAUGUUAGGGAUCAGCUGUUGGUAGAUGGGCCAUCAUUUGCAUGUACACGUUUAUUUAUCUCCCUUUAUCUUUCUCCUUUCUCCACAGACUUUGAAAGCCAUAAUUACCCCGCAGUCCCUCUUGGUGUUGGAUUUUCGUGGUCUUGGAUUGGAGCGUUGGUUGGUACUGGAGCUGGCCCCUCAGCUAGCAUCACAGACACACUCUCUGCCCUUUGAGUUCAGAGCUCUAGAAGCCAUACUGCAGCAUAAGGUGAGGCCGGUCACAGACAUGCUGUUUGUGUAUCAGUGUAUUUAAGCAUGUUCUCACUGAGAUAAGACCUGCCUGUAAAUUAAGGUCACACAGACUGAUAGGGCUCUGUGCUGGAAUAAGAUUAAGGGUGAUUGUGUAUUUAUGUGUCUCCAUAUGUGUCCACAGGUAAACAUGCUGCAAGCACAGUUGAAUGAUGUCGAACCAGUCAUGUUGGACACCUUGGAAUCGCUAGUGGAUCCAAAAAUACUUUCUGCUGACAGGAGUAAACUACACAUACUGCUGCAGAACAGCAAGAGGUAACAGUGACACUGGUGUACAGAACUGCACAUGCUCCUUUUUAAGCAUGAUGAUAGGCUUCAGUGUAUUAUUUAUAAAAAAAACUGGAUCAGCAAAUCUGGAUGAAACUAACUCCCUCUUUUAUGUAAGCUUCUGCAGAGCUUCAUUAUUCACAUUUUGUUUCUGAACAUUUUCUGCCUGUUGAGGUUGUCUUUCUCAAUUUUCAUCUGGUCUCUUUUUUUGAUAGUUUAUCAGAGCUGGAGACAGACAUAAAAGUUUUUAAGGAUUCCUUGCUGAAGAUUUUGGAUGAAGACGAGAUCAUUGAAGAGCUGUGUCUCACCAAGUGGACUGACCCAAGAGUUUUGUAUGUUACACAUGCACUCACAAGCAUUUCAAGGCAGUUAGAGCAGAAAAAGCAAGAAUGAUAUCUCUGUAUCCCUUUCAGACAUGGUUCUUUCCCCCCUCAGAACAAGUAAAGUUCUUUUUUGUACUUUUUCUGUAGUUUUUUCUUGCUGUAGAAAAAGGUUGUAGCAUCUCUUACCCAAUGCUAAGUAUCUUACAUAUUCAGUCUCUUCUGUUACAUGACGAAGUUACUAGUUACAGACAUUCACUACUAAUUCUAUGCCUGUCAGCUGAAAGUAAGGCUGUUUUCAGGGGCAGAUUAUUUCUUAUCAGCUAGAGAAAUAGUUAUCUGUUAUCUGCUGGAGAAAUAGUUCAGCAGGGGCACUACCCUGACUGGGGUGGGGCCAGGAAGUAGGUAGGUGGUGGACUGAGCAAACACUCACAGGAUCUUCAACAAAUCUUGAUGUGUACUUUCUCACGUCAUUUUUAUUGUCUUUCCUGUUCCUCUAGCGAAGAGAGCAGUUUGGGUAUUGACCACGCUGAGGAGAUGGAACUGUUAUUGGAGAAUUAUUACAUGCAGGUGACUGUACCCUACGCUUUGAUUUGAGACGAUGUGUCACUUUUCUUUCUAAACACAAAACAUUUUGACCAAUCAAUCUCUUGCUGUGAUCUACUUGAAACAGGCUGAAGAGCUGGGGAACAAGACCAGAGAGCUGAAAGGGUUGAUCGAUGACUCUGAGAGCGUUAUCUUUAUCAAUUUGGACAGGUACAAUCACACACACAUAUGACUGUGACCAUUUGGACAGAAGCUAACUCUUUAGACCUUGAAGGCAGAUUAAUGAAAAAAAAAUAAACAAGUCUUUCCUCUAAGCUGACCAUAUAAAGAAAGGCUUGUGCUUUAAGAUAAGAUAUUCCUUCAUUAGUCCCACAGGGGGAAAUUCCUUUGGGUUUACUUGUGACAAAAGGACUGUUGGUGUUUCAUGCACUGUCUGUUUGUUUCCAGCCACCGUAAUGUGAUGAUGCGCCUGAAUCUGCAGCUGACCAUGGGUUCCUUCUCUCUUACAUUAUUUGGUCUGAUAGGAGUGGCUUUUGGCAUGAAUUUGACAUCAUGCUUUGAGGAGGUGAGAUUGCUCCCUGUUUGAAGAGUUAUGUCUAGUUUCUUAGUUGUUCAUAGUUUUUCAUAUAUGAGGAUUGCUUUGCUUUUUACCUGAUGUGUCCAUAGCCCUCACUGUUUUGUUCCAGAAAGUCAGCUAAACUUAACUUUCACUGAAUGUGUAAAAUGUUACUUAUGGAUGUUUAUCAUUUUUAGUGUUUUACAUAUAUAUUGUGUACCAAUAAGAAGAAGGCAAAUUUUAACAUAGAUGCAUAGACCAGGGUUCUUUGGACAUGUACUACUGGAGUAGGGGGUCUGCUGAUAAAUGAGGGAUGAAGUAUUUAGCAGUGUUCAGGGGUUGAACUGGCUUAUUCCACACUUUGGUCUCUGCUGGGACUUGAACUGGCAAGGACUUUGGUUUCCUAGCUUAGUCCAUACAGACUCAGCCCCUGCCAUCCCCAAAAAAGGUGAUCAGUUUAUGUUUUUUUAUGUGCUUUCUUGUUGGUUCUAUCACCAGGACCCUCGUGUCUUUUGGCUGGUGACAGGCUUCAUGUUCUUGGGUAGUGGGUUGAUAUGGAGACGACUGCUGUCGUUCCUUGGACGCCACUUGGAACCCUCUGUACCACCACUGGUAAUUCUCACAUACACAGUUUUAUAUUGAUAUCUUACUGUUUUAGUUAACCAUCGAUAGUUUAAUACAACAAUGUAUCUCUGAGUAUUUCAGUUUGUACAAUAUUAGCACUAGUUAUUGUAGAAAUAAGUCUUCCCUCUCUGUUUGUGCCUGCACUGAGGCUUCCACUCAUACUGCUUGGUGAGUGAGAGUCCUAACCCUAAGAUUUUAUUUUGAGUACACUUUCUACUUUUUAUGUUACAGAUCCCUCCAGUUUGGAAGAGAAAUAUGAAAGUAUCAGACAUCAAAACAGGAGUCAGAUGAUGUUAAUGAUAAUAAUGAUGAUGAUAAUGAUGAACUACCUCCACUCUACAAGCAUCCUACAGACUCAUCAGUUGUAAAGGUGAUUACUCCUCUACCAUGGAACUCGUGAAAAAGGCUGGAAAUGUUCAUUUUACUGAAAACACCUCAUAGUUCAUUGUCACCUCCUCUCCUCAGCAGAGGUCAGGACUGCAUUCAAACAUGAUAUGUGGCAUUUGUGCCACUGUUAUUGUAGUUCUUUUACUGUAUUUGAGUUUUUCCAGAUGCUCAUGUAGUCAUGACGAGUGGGCACAUAAUAAUCCUUUGCCAUUUCUGGUUUGAGUGGGUGAAGGUGUGGGCAGUUUGCAAAACUGGAACUAAAACCCAACUCACAUGAUUACUACUUUACAUGCAGUAGUGUGUUCAGUCAUUUCAUAGUAAAAAAAUAGUGAAAGAUUCAAUCUAAUUUAAGCAAAUGUAAAACCAAAUAAACGUGUGAAGUCUAUUGUAAAGUAUAAUAAAGUGUAUUUAUUUUAUGUUUACUAUGUAAAGAGGAAUUCACUUUUUGUUAAGCUGAGUGGUUACAUGUCUGUUACAAAAAAAGAUCAUUUUACCAGAUUCCUUAAAAAACAAAUUAAAACAGGAAUGUAACAGACUUUAUCUGGAAGUCUGAUUGAAAUGAAAUUGAAGAAAACAAAAUUUGGAGAGUUCUUCUUAACAAAACCUGAUCUGAUUUUUGUUUUUUUUUUAAAUUGUGUCUUACUCGUUUAAUUUUCUAAAAUGUACACAAGUUCAAGAUUCACAAUACAUUAAAAACUUUACAAAUUUAUGUGGAUUUUUUUCAUUUCUUUU